UCCCAGACCACAGUGGGGCGAUAGACACCUACCAUGUGAGUGCUGGCCACUUGUUUCUGCUCAAGUGCCUUCUUCCUCACUCUCAGGAUAAGGUGGUGUGGAGAAGAGGAGACAGUCGAAACACCAGCCUCCCCUCUGGUGUGGAGGUCAGGGAGGGGUUGCUAUGGUUUCUACCUGUGCAGAUGUCUCAUCAAGGAACAUACACAUGUGAGAAAAGGGAUGAAACUAGGACAUCAACGAUGACAUUUGGGGUGUUAGUGUCCACUGCCGAAUGUCCUGAUCCAGCUGAGAACAUUGCCAUCAAUGUCGGAGUCAGUAAAGGCCUUCCUUGCAAACAGGAGGAAAUCCUCAGGCUGAAUGACACAAGGAUCAUUCGAUGGAUGAAGGACUGCCAACCGCUGCAGGGGCCGGUUUCUGUGAGUCAUGACGGCUACAUGAGGUUGUCAGUGCCCUCGGAGAGACAUUCUGGGAUAUACACUUGCCUUAUAGAUAUCACCUUGGAUGGCAGGAAGUACACAGCUGCCCGCAGCAUCCAGCUUGAUAUGAACAUUGAUCCUCCAGUGGAUUUUCCAGAGAUACAUUUGUUGUCUCCGCAGCAAGAAGAGAUCUUCGUUCAAGUGGGUAUGAGAGCAGAGCUACAGAUUUCAGCCAACGUAGGCCACGUAGGCUUCGACGAGGAUGAGAUUUUAAUUUACUGGACUAUAGACGGGGAUCACACUGAUAACUAUGAGGAGCUCAGUGUGAAUGUGUCAUGUCUUCCUCAGAGAGGAAGGGUGGUUUGCAAGUCCACGCUGUUUAUUUCCAGAGUUCUUCGUAGUUUCCUGAAUGUCCCCAUACAUUUCUAUGUCCAAAGCCCAGUUGAAGAAAAAACGGGUUUGGUCAUGCUACGUGAAGCUGACUACAGUGGCUUCUACAGAAAUGUGGCUCUGUGCCUCACCACCUCCAUGGUUGUUAUUGUCCUGGCUGCCACCGUUUUCCUCUUUAAAGUCGACCUGGUUUUGUCUUACAGGAAACUGAUGACACAUUUUUUCAAAAAAAAAGUUUCAGAUGGGAAGCAUUACGAUGCCUUUGUGAGCUUCGUGCAGUCCCAAACCACAAGUGCAAGUGAGAAGACAAGCUUUGCUCUUCAGAGGCUGUCUGAGGAGCUGGAGCAGCAGCAAGGCUACUCCCUGUACAUCAGAGGCCGGGACGACUGUCCUGGACAAGCGAUGCAUGAUGACGUCUCUGCUAAAGUUCGCCAAUGCCGCAGGCUGAUAAUCAUCCUGUCACUUGGAGACAAAGAGAAGUACACACAGUCUUCCUGUGCAAAACAGAACCAGCUGCUGUACGAGCAGAAAGUUGGCCUUCACGACGCUUUGAUUCAGAAUGACCCCAAAAUAAUUCUGGUGGAAACUGAUGGUCCAGUGGAUUACAGUUGCCUUCCAGAGUCUCUGCGUUAUAUAAAAAGGAAACAAGGGGCUCUGAAGUGGAAUUUAGUCUUUGACAGAAAAGAAAAAGUCACUAUAUUAUACUCAAACAGGAGGUUCUGGAAGAAUCUAAGGUAUUACAUGCCCUCCGUGCCAGCAAGAAGAGCCAAGACUGUUGUAUAAGAUAAAAAUAAUAAUUC